GCCACGUCCUAACAACUGAAGCAAAAUGCUGCCUUGUACAACCCUUGUUUUCAUCCCUGAUUACGUGAUAAUUAUCAAUUUUAAUUUAUUAUUACUACUGACUAAAUUUAAGGGUCUGAAAAUUUGAAAAAGGCCAGAAGUUUAAUUCAUGGUUCAGGCUGUUGACACAUGAUAUUGCUAUUGACACAUUGAUAUUAUUAGAACAACAGUGUGUGUUGGUUUCAUUGGUGGGGGUGGAAGCUCAAAUCCAAUGGCCAUGUAUCUGCGUAUAUGAUGCACAGUGAAACAAUCAACCCGCUUCAUCAAUCUCUGUUGUUGCACUGCCAUCAAUGUCCACCACCAUUUCUUCCCUUCCCUUCUCUCUUCCCCUUCACCACAACUCUAGGGUUUCGCCUUUCUAUCUACCUUCCUCUCCUAUUCCAUCCCAAUCAUCUAUCACCUUUCCCACAAAAAAAUGGAAAUUUUUGUGUUUUAAACAUGAAAACACUUCAUCAGAAAUUAAUGUUUCUGAGCUCAAAGACGAUAAAUUGGCAGAAGAUUUGGUGAAGCGUGAAGGUGACCAGUCCGAUGACCUGAAAAAAGAUUGGUUUGCUGCUAUUCAUGCGGUCAUAACUGUUAUUCAUAGUGUGAAACCGUGGACAGUUCCUUGGACAGCAAAAACUAUUGUCCAGGUUAUGCUCCUCUGGAUUGCCUCAUUUUGGUUUGUAGGAUCUUGGAUAGUUCCAUUUUUAGCAUACACAGCAGGGUUUAGAAAGGAAUCCCUUACAUACAGAGGGCAAGCAUUGUACAGCCUCUUGACCGAUGUUGCCGAGGGUGUGGUUGGGAUAGCAAUUCUUCGGCAUUGUCUUGCAAAGUUUCAACCUCUUUCAUCUGAUUGGUUCAAAUUUGAACUGAAGGGGAAGUGGCAGUUUGAUGUCGGUUUGGGCUGCCUUAUGUUCCCCCUUAUCAAUCAUCUAUCACAAAUGAACCUAAAUUUGUUGCCUGUUCUUCAAUAUACUCCAGUUCCCAUCUCAAGUGUAGAGCAAUCCAUUGUUGCUCGAGACCCUGUGGCAAUGGCGCUCUAUGCAGUGGUAGUCUCAGUUUGUGCCCCAAUAUGGGAGGAGAUUGUCUUCCGUGGUUUCCUUCUCCCAUCUUUAACCAAAUACAUGCCUGUAUGGAGUGCAAUAUUAGUUAGUUCAGUAUCGUUUGCCUUGGCACAUUUUAACAUUCAGAGGAUACUACCACUUGUAUUUCUUGGCAUGGUGAUGGGUACUGUCUUUGUACGGUCUAGGAACCUAUUGCCAUCGAUGUUGUUGCAUAGUUUGUGGAAUGCUUUUGUAUUUCUGGAUCUCAUGAAAUAAAAUAUAUGUUUUUGACUAUCUUCUUACAUUUUUGGCAUUCUUGCUUCUGGAUCUGUCUAUUUUCCACUGCUUGUCAGACAAAUUAAGGUGCACUUGUUAUGCUUUGAUCAAGAUUUUAUAUAAUUUAUCACUUCUCAAUGUUAAACUUGGAGGGUUAAAGGGUUAAAAGUUUAAAACCAGAAGGGGGAGGAGUAGGUCGGGUGGGGUUGUGUUGUACUACUUUUGUCAAUAUUUAAACACUUGACAUCAGUAGUACGAUUAUUGUCGGGAGAACUGUCAGCAAAACACUAUCUAAUACACUUUCUUGAAUGCGUUCUUUACUAUUGAUUGAAAUCUACUAGAAAACAUCAUAUUUUCAAUGAGUUUCUACUUGAUUUUGUAAUUUUGAAAAAAAUUCAACUAAGAGUGAGGAGUGUCAGAAAGAUGUUGCAAAUGAGUUUCUCAGGAGACUUAAUGGUAUCAUUUUCAAGCUCAAAGUUCUCGAUUUGAAGCUAGAGAGUGUGUUGCUAACAGUCUUCUCUUAUUAUUGUCGGUGCUGAUAAAUGU